AUGUCCGAGAUCAUGGAGUCAUCAAGAAGACAAAAUCUCGAUCUUCAGCUUCAAACAUUUGGGCCCUUUUUCAGAAUCACAGCCAAAGGCUUGGAAACCCAGAGGGAAUUGGGUAGAGCUGAAGGAGUGAUUAGGGUUUGGUAUCCCUGCAAAAUUCUGCAUUUGGAUUCAAUAAGACUGCAAAGAGAGACGCUGGGAAUGGAGAAAUCAAUAUUUGGUAUUGGAUUGUUCAUUGGAGCAGUGGCUAUUCGACAUGGAUAUGAUUCUGGUUGCAAAAAAACUGAGCUGCUAGCCAUCAAUGACACUGACCUUUACCAUUUGAAGCUUGUAAGGUUUUACAAAAGAAUUGGAUUUAGGGUUGUGCAUGAGGUGACUGGUUCAUCACUUGGAGAUCUGGGGCACAUAAUCAAAGAACAUCAUCUUCUUGAGGUAAAAUCAAACUCAACAUAA